CGAGUCGCCAGCAGCUAUGGAGUACAUUACCUCCAGGACAGCUCAACAGAAACAUGGUGUGGACUAUAUUUUUACUUCUGAAUGGACUGCUCAUACUAGUUCUCCUUUACUUCUCUCGCACAAGACAGAAAUACGAGCCUCCUCUGGACAAGGGCUUCCUUCCUUGGCUGGGACACGCGCUCGAGUUUGGAAAAGAUGCUGCAAAGUUUUUGGCCCGGAUGAAAGAAAAACACGGAGAUAUAUUCACGGUCCGUGUUGCUGGUCAUUAUGUGACAGUGCUCCUAGACCCGAACUCCUUUGACAACGUGCUGAACGACACGGUCUGCCUCGACUUCUCCCGCAUCAGAAAGCUGCUGAUACAAAGGGUCUUCAAACUGCAGCUGCCAAACGUCGAACCUGCAUCGGAGAGGGCAUGGAUGAAACAGCAUUUCCAAGGUCCCAGUCUGUUCAAGUUCAGCAGCUGCAUGAACACCCACCUUCAGAACCUGCUCCUCAGUAACCACAAAGGCUUUUCAGAGUGGAGACAGGAGGGACUCUUCAGCCUCUGUUACAGCCUUCUUUUCAGAGCCGGAUACCUCACGUUGUUUGAGAGGAGAGACGCGACUGCAGAAGUCUACAAAGAGUUCCGCAAGUUUGAUGAUCUUCUCACCAAAUUGGCUCGCUGCACCCUCAAGAGAGAGGAAAGCAAAGCAGCCAACUCGUCCCAAGAGCGACUGUGGGAGCUCCUGUCGCCGCGCUGCCUCGGCGGAGGGUCGGAGAUAAACUCCUGGCAGCAGAGCUACCACCGCUUCCUGCAGGAGGAGGGAAUAGAUGCAGACAUGCAGAAAAGAGCAGCACUGUUCCAGCUGUGGACCACACAGUGCAAUGCUGGACCUGCUGCCUUUUGGCUCCUCGGCUUCCUGCUCACUCACCCUGAGGCUAUGGAGGCUGUUAAGUCAGAGAUCAGAGGCCUUUCCGCUCUCCAGGAUACUUCCCUACAGCAUCCCCUCAUCAGCUUGCUGGAAGCGCACAGCACACCUGUGUUUGACAGCGUUCUGAGUGAGACCCUACGACUCACCGCCGCGGUAAUGAUCAACAGGGAGGUGGUGCAGGACAAGAUCCUGCGCAUGGCCGACGGACGGGAGUACCGCCUGAGACGGGGGGACAGAGUGUGCCUGUUCCCCUUCCUCAGCCCUCAGAUGGACCCACAGAUACACCAAGAACCACAGGUUUUCAAGUACGACCGCUUCCUAAAUGAAGAUAUGACAGUGAAGGAUAAAUUCUACAAGAAUGGAAAAAUGCUGAAGUACUGCACCAUGCCUUGGGGCGCCGGGAGGAACAGCUGCGUCGGGAAACAGUUUGCUGUUACAACCAUUAAACAAUUUGUGUUCCUGCUAUUGACGCAUCUCGAUCUGGAGAUGUGCAACCCCGAGGCCAAACUGCCACCAGCUAAUCCCAGCCGCUACGGCUUCGGCAUGCUGCAGCCGGACGGAGAUCUGCAGGUCCGAUACAGACUGAAGAGGACACGGCAUGAAAUGUGACUUGACGAACACAAACAGUGAUUGAUAAACCUUUUUGUUAAAUGUACUGUAGUGCUAUUUAUUCCAUGUCAUAUUUAAUCAGUCCACCUAUAAAUCUUAUUUAACUUUGUUAUGUGUAAAAUAAUAUUUUUAAUAAAAAUUGAAAAGCCAAGUCGAA